AUGGAGGAGUGGGAAAUACCCGAACAAGAUGACUUUGAAUAUCGCUAUGCGGAUGAAUUGGAGAUGUUGGAUGAUUUGGACGAAGAAGGUAAGUUUUCAGCAGGUUUUCACUCGUAAAGCAGCCGCGAUGUACAGUGUUUACAAGUAAAAAGCGACCUUACUUUUAGUAUACCAGUCAAAACUGGGCAAUAUGGAGUAACGCAAGAAUGUUAAAAACGUUCAAUGAAGUUUAUGUGCCUAGGUUUUCCGGGGUCGGAGAAGACAACGUAGCCACGUGGCUAAGGACCGGUGAAGGUCCUCAGUUUUACUUGCCCGAUUCCCUUCUCACCACACGCGGCUCUUCUUCAUUGAGGGAACCAAUAAAACUCACGAGUGACGUAAGACAAAGAAAGUCAAAGCUUUAAAACGGUGAAAGAAAAACCUCAAAGGUUUUUUACACCAAGGCAAACCACCUCAAUGCCCGAUAUGUUGUGGUUCAACUUUGUCUUGGUUUAGAUUUUUUCCUUUGUUAUUGGUUUUGCUAAUGCAUGAAAAUGAAGUUCAGUUAAAGAAAAUUUAAACCAAGGAUAAAAUUAAAGAAUGUCCCCACAUCAUGAUAAAAAAAUGUGACCUCUCUCAGGAAAACGUACACUAACAGCUUUCCGUUUAACGAGUGAAACGCAUGCCUUCUGAACUGGUUGCAAACGGCUCAUUCACCCGUUCGAAAAGGUUCAUCGAAUGGCUGAACGGGUCGUCAAGUUUUUGAAACAGCUAACAGGAACAGGCGCACGGCUUACUUACCCGUUUGAAUGGCUCAUCAAAAUUUUUAAACGGGUACCCCAAAGGACUUACUUAUUUUGGACUACUGGACGAGACUUUUUUCGAGCCUUGCUAGAGUUAACAAAUCCCAUGCCAUUAAUUUUUACACAGAUUUUGCUCCUCCAUCAAAGAGGAGCCUGAAUUUCCAUGAUGAUAAGAAAGCUGGUGAAAAUGGGCUUACUGUAAAUGGAUUUCAUCAAAACAACAACAUGGCAGCACAAACUAAGUCAAAGAAAAGAGAUUGUGAUGAAUUGUUCUUACCUCUCUCUGAUGACGAUGAUGACGCUAAUGGAAUGGACAAGCUUGAUUCCACUCCAGGUAAUGAAACACUCGAAAUUAAGGUGCAUCUACAUGACCAACUGUUCUGUUUGAAAAGUUAUGCAUCAGUUCAAUUCCAUCUGCACCCUCCCCCCCUCCCCCCGGCCACUGUGGGCAUUUGUGCGCCUUGUCAGUCCCGGAGGUGGGGCAUUAGCAAAUUUUGCGCCGCCUGAGGGACGGGCAUUUGCCAUCCGUGGGGCCACCCCGGAGCUUUUGAUAUGCCCAUGGUUUCCUAUCCAAAAAUAUAAAUAGAUAGAGGAUUUUACUGGAAACACAAGCAGAUUGGCUCAUCUGGAUGGAAAAAACUUGUAGAGGGUUGUAAAGGCAUGUUGUUGAUUUUAUGCAUGCAUUUCUUCAUUGGUUUUCAUGCCAAAAUUAGAUAGCAAAAUAGGGAGCUAUUGAUGUGAAUCACCUUUUUUUGUUUGAAUAAAUUUCUGUUGAUAUUAUUCAAAGAACUUCCAAUCUUGUUUUUAAACUAUUCAGAACAGAUAAGUUUACAGCACACUGUAACCUUUAGUGUCAAUAAUUUUUCCUACAAACAGUUGAAAACAUGAUAAAUAACUACAUUGAAACCAUAAACUGGUGUCAUCACAGUGUGAAGCCCCAGGGUGUACUCCUGAUUUCAACUGACAGGGAUGAUUGAAUGGGGGCAAAAUCAAAAGCCCAAAAAAAUCCUUAGGGCCUCCAACAAGGCCCAAAAAUGUCCCUUGACCAAAAAAUAACCGCAAAAAAAAUCCCAUGCCGAUUUUACCUAGGCUAUCGGACACAACUUUUUUUGCACGCUGAUUAUUUGUGUCAAAGUUUGUAAUAAACCUUGCAGCUCCUUGUAGAAAGAAAGCUCGCCUUAGUCCUGGUAAAAGUGGAGAUGCUAGUGACACAAACCAUCAGCUGCCUAACUUUGGAAGUGUACGCAGUCCACUGAGACAGAUUCAACCCAACCCACUGCUGAAUCAGAAUUAUGCCAAUGUUGAAAGAAAGUCAAGUGAAUUGUCUUCAGCUAAGCCAGAGAGAAGGAGGGUAUUUCGCAGACCUCCUAUGAGUUGUGAGUCAGUCUCUGUUACAAGAACGGAUGGACAGAGACUUUACUUGUCAAUCAAGUGUGAUAGGGAUGAAGAGAAAUCUUCAAUACAGUCUAAGGUAUAUAAAUACAAUCAUGACUGUUUUUAAUAGAAUCACAUCAUUCUUACCAUUUGUUACAAACUGGGUACCCUCUUGAGGGAGAGCCAUUGCAUUCUGUUGGACUAAAUGAUGACAUUUUACUAUUGCAUUUGUUUUUAUCAGCAUUACAUUCUCACUUUAUAAUAGUAACAGUUAUUAUUAUGCAUUGUACUCACUAUCUGUCUUCUCAUUGGCUAAGAGCCUACACCUACAUGUAUUUUUGGAAAUCAGCACAACCUACAGAUUAGUCAGUUAUCUGCUAGCAGAUAACUGACUAAUCUGUAGGUUGUGCACGAAAUGCAUGAUUUCCAAUAACAAUAUCAAUUCAGGUUCCUUGUGAUGGUGUGUUUGUCAUUAUUAUUAAAUUCGGUUUUUGUGAUAUCCUAAAUAAUCAAGGUCUCGGUAAGUGUUAUCACCCUUGGCCUUCAGCUCGGCUGGUAACACUUAACCUUGACCUUGAUUAUUCUGGAUAUCACAAAAACUUCAUCCAGCAAUUGUUUACUAUUGUAGUCUCUGGGAGGUGCUCAGAUUUGACUGUUCAUCAGAUCUGUACAUGUGCAUGUACAGCAAAACGAGAGCGACUGACAUCAAUUUUCUUCUAAUGAUCAAUUCCUCAGCAAGAGAAAAGGUUAUUGGAAAUGAUCACUAAGGGAAGGUGCUUUGAUUUUUUUAUCAAAUACUCUCAGCUAGUUCUUAAGGAAAUUUCAGAGUUCAGUGUGGCCAAUUUGUUUGUGAAUACCACAAUGUGCAUGCAUGAUUAUUAUUAUUAUUAUCGUUCAGUUAAUGCUAGUGACAUCCAUAACAAUCAAACCUCUCCUGAUUAGCCAUUAUCAUACAGCAUUAUUGUAUAAUUUUUUUUGCACUGUCAAUAUGUCUGUUGCAGACAGUUCUCUUGGUCCUCACCUACAUUACUGUAUUUAACUCACAUUAGUUAUCCUGAAUAACAAUGCAUGUCUUUCAACUCUUCCAGGCAUCCAAAAAGAAACUAUUCAGAAGAGGACCAGGAAACUCGCUUCAGCUGCUGUCAGUUCCAUUUUCAGUCCUGCGUGAACAUGUUGAAGAGGAGGUAUGUUUAUGUAACUGGACUGUAAUCUUUUUUUUUUUUAAACAGCUUUAUCGGGUUUCAUUAUCUUAUACAUAAUUAUGUAAAAACUUUUUACAAAAGAAAUAAAAAAUGAGAUGUAAAGAAGAAAAAAAGGUAUAUUAUACCCAAAGGGGCAAGAACAAAUGAGACCAUAAGGACCCAUGCAAGGUACCCCCCAAAUAGAUAGUUAAAAGAGCUCUUAAUUACACAAUUAUUAUAUUAGCAUCAAAAGGAAAUAUUGUAUGCGCGCUACGAACAAUGGCAUGCUCAUGAUCUUACAAGUGACCAAGUGUACGGACAUAGUUUUUAUUUUCUUUUGUUUUUGGGUAUGUUAAUGACUGAUCCAUGGCAUCUUUUAAACUGCCUCCUUAAUUAUUUUACUCUCUUAGAGACGAAGAAGAGCCAUAGAAGAAUCAGAGAAAUUAACAGCAUCCCUACAUAGGUAGGUUCAGGGUGUGCCAAUACUCAUUUUGUAGGUUUUAAAACUCUUAACAGCAAGACCUUUUGUUAAUCUAUUUAAAGAAUCUAUUAGGGCUAUGCCAGGUGGGGCACUGCCAUAUAUGGGCCAUAUAAAAUUAUGGGCCAUAUAGAUAUGUGCCGCUGUGAAGGGUAUGGUUUUCAAGCAAUAAUACUCCGGGAUAGGGUAUAUAAAUCAGAGAGUUUGGGUCUAGAAUAGGGUAUUAUUUUCCAGGAAACUGAUCAGUUGCUUGAAGAUUUUAGUCUAAACUUGGGAAAUUGGGAAUUGCCACUCAAAAAAACACAAAUAGGUUUUGUUUUUCCUGGACUGUGCUAGAGACCUCAGUAGUUUCUGGAAAACAGCUACUCUUGGAUAGGGGGGAUUUGGGGAGUUUAGUCCAGUAUAGGGUAGCAAAAUUCACUUGAACUGCAAUCACAGACAAAAGUAGGUUGGAAGGUUGUACAACUUAAUGGUAGUCCAUUUUAAUCCUCAAAAAAGAGAGUUUUCUCUUUUUCUCUUUUGAUGUAACAGAACAAUUAUUACGUGCACAAACAUCAAUGUUUUGCUCAACAUUGGGCCAGGGGCUGGGUAGGAAGGAAAAAAAGAGGUAUAAAAGGCAACCUUCCCAACACUUUUGGCAAUGAUUGUAGCUGUGGUACGGGCUAAGGGUUCCAGGGUCCUAGAGGCACAUCCCCGCCCGAAAAUUCCUAAAGUACCCCCGGAGAUAAUUUAUGCUUGACUUGGUGUGAUUGUAAUGGGUUUAAGGCUAAAGUAUUUUUGAAACAGUGUAACUAUUAAUUUUUUGGCAAUGUAGAAUGCUCAAUGAUGGUGCAGAUGUUGAAGAACUUGAACCAUUAGCAGAAGAGUUGGCAACUGACAAAGAUGAAGGAAAGGCUGCUCAGCAUGGUCUAUGGGUUGAAAAAUAUACUCCAAAGUAUUUCACAGAACUACUCAGUGAUGAUGUGAGUAAAAAAUGUAAUCUAUAUGUACAGAGAAACUUUCCAGUUUUACAGUUAUAAUCAUUGUUUAGUUAUUAUCUCAAAAUAUGAUUUUGAUUAUCUCUCAUGUCUCUAGAUAUGAUUUUAGCAAUAGGCCUUCUGUAAUAGUUAGUUACGUGAUCAAUUUUGUGUAAACACGAAAACAGUUUGCUUUUGGAAAAUUUUGUUAGCUUCAACUGAAAAAGCAUAUUAAAAUUAGGUAACCAGCAAAUUUUCAGCUAUACAUCCCAAAAGUAGUGAUUGUAACAGCCACCAAUAAUUAAAAGGAUUUUUAUGGGAAAAACAACUCUUGCCACCCAGUCAUGGUUGAGUGGUAUUCCAUAUAAAUCCUUGUAAAUUUUGAAAUUUUUAAACUGUCGUUAAAUCUUUUGCUUACACAUGUAACGGCCUUAAUUGUCUUUUUUUAAAAAAAAGGAAGUUUGAGCCCUGUAAAGCUUAAGGGUAUAUUUUAUAACAGUUUGAAAAUUUCAAAGUUUACAAGUAUUUGUGUGGAAAACCACACAGAAAGUUGAUCACGUGAUCAGCUUUGCAAAAGGCCUAUAGCAGCAACAUUCACAGUUCAUUAUAUUCUCCUGUAGCUGUUGAAAUGUACAUGAUGGCAAGAGUCAUUAACUUUGCUUCUAGAAUUUGACCACCGUCACCCUACUGAUAACUCAAAUGUUUUGAGUCAGGUAAAUGUAUUUUUACAAUAAUACAAUAAAGGUGAAGAGUCAGUCAGAAAAGAGUUAUGCAAGAGUUACAAGUUCAAACAUUUGAGAAAGCAUGAUGGUGCAAUUAUUAUUAUUAUUGAUAUUGUUUUUAUUAUUAAAAAAAUGUUGCAUUGUUAGUCCAGGUGUAAUAAACUAUCAAUGAGUUUGUUUUAAGAACAAUGUACAGAAAAUCUCUUUACCUAAUAUAGGUACAUGUACAUUGCUUGGUGUUAGCUGGGAUGCAGGUGCUUUUUAAUCACAAGGGAGCCAAAACCAAAAUAAUAUUGAUAAUGUCACAAUAUGAUGAGUUUGAGGAACAAGGGAGCCAAAAAUUGAAAUUCCAGAUAAGACAAAUCUUGAAACUGAAAAAAAAAUUGUCAAAACCAAAAUAAUACUGAUAAUGUCACAAUGUGAUGAGUUUGAGGAUUAAGGUUUUUGUUACGUGGGCACUCACGCUCUACACCCGUACCCUGUGGUUCUCGUGCUAUUAAUGCUAGUGUUACAUUUAUUUUAUUCGUUUUUUAUUUCUACUUUUUUUGCCUCUUUUUUUGGUUUUUCUCAAAACCAAAAACACAUUGGUAAUGCUACAAUGUGAGGAGUUUGAGGGUUAAAGUUCUUGUUGCCUGGGCACGCCCUCUCUACACCUGUAACCUGUGGUUCUAGUGCUAUUAAUGCAAGUGCUACGUUUAUUUUAUUCAUAUUUUAAUUCUCAUUUUUAAGUCUCUUUUUUUACAUGUUUUUCACCUUUUUGUCUUAGGCUAUCAAUCGUACUCUCUUAAAGUGGUUAAAACUUUGGGAUAAAACUGUGUUUGGUAGAGGAAAACAGGACAAGAAAUCAAAGCCCAAACCUGAACAGGCCAAAAAGCAAAAGUCAGCAUCUGCAAAGAACUUUAAGAAACAAGGAGAACAAGAUGAAGCCGACUGGACUGUAAGUGUACUACUUUUCCUUUCCACCACCUUUCUGACUAUUCAUACAUGUGCUAUUGACCCAGAGCUCUAACAGAGAGUUAACGGAUUUGGUUUGACAAAAACUAAGGGUGCUUACCAUUUUUUGUCAUCAUGAGCAUUCCACUAUUAAUCAGGACUAUCCAGCCAGAUCAGUUUAGUCUUAAAUAGUGUGCACAGCAGCUAUGUUCUGUAUAUAUGUUUUUAGUUAAAAUUUCGAGAAAAUACUGAUGUUUUAUUUUCAAAAAGACCGGUCUGGCCAGCCAGUUCUGAUUUUUGGAAUGCACCUUAAGAAAGGCUGUACUCCAGCAGAGCCCAGUGGCCUAUGAUUCUUGGUUUUGUUUUGGGUGAUCAUGAAAUCUUAGUAGCAAACGUUUAUCCAGGAUCUACACCUUGAUAUCAAAGCUUAAGAGCUUUUAGGCUCCUAGGAGUUUUUUUCUUUGAGUACAGCAUCUAGUCUUUACUGUUUCCUUGGAAAAACAAAGUGGUUCCCCUAUUGGAGUUCAAUAGUUAUUGUGAGUAACGUCGACAAAAUGUCAAUGCUUGGUACUGUGCAUCACUGAAGUUUUGUUUAUUGACGUGUGGCAACUGUUUGACAUUAACUCCUCUUUCAAGGGCAGUAAUUAAGUGUCCGAUUGAGGAGUAAAAGAAAUAUACCAGCUCUACCUACAGUUGUGUUAUCCUCCUUUUUUAUCAGAUAGGUAGCCUGAUGGGCUAUGAUCUUCAACUUAGCAUUUAAUAUUAAACUACAAAUUAGCAUAAUAUAUAUUUCAAGUAGCAGGACCUCUCUUUUAUUUCUGUAAGUGCAGUAAAACCCUGUUAUUAAGAACCUAGUUUUCAAGAACCUGUUAGGUUAAAAUUUGCCUGUUAGGCCCCCUCUUGUUUAGCCUAAAAUUUGAAACAGGUUCUUGUUUUCUAAAUUUAUAAAAGACAUCUGUACAUACAAGGGAGAUAAGUCAACAUCCACGAUCCUCUUCGGUGAUAUAUAGGUGCCUCAUUACUUCAACUGAAAUUGUAAUGGUAUACUAAAUACCACUUAAAUUAAAAAAAUACUCUUAGCUACAAUAUAUUUUUUCUUCAGAAAAUAAGAACCUAUUAUUUAAGAACCUAAAAGCCUAAAUUUGCACUAGUUAACCAUUUAUGUAAGAACCUGUUUAGGCUAACUUGGAAAAAUGCAGGUUCUUAGUCGCAGGUUUUUUCUGCACAGGAUAUGACUCUAAUUUCAUGAAUUAUAAAUGUGGUUGUCAAUACAUGAUGCAGCAAUGCCAAUUGCAAUUGAAGUGAUCUUCUUUGUACAAUUACCUGCGUUUUGAUGAGUGGUACAAUAUUUUUAAUUCCAGGAAAUUGAUGCAACUGGCCGCCCGGUGCGCAAGGUUUGUAGUGAUGUUGAGAUGCGGUGAAUCUAGUACAAUUAUUACAUGCUUGACUACACAUUAUUCUUUAUGGUACAUCUGUCUGUAAUCUGUAGUUUUUUUUAAUUUUUUUUUUAUUUGUCAGGUUGCACUACUAUGUGGUCCUCCUGGCCUUGGUAAAACAACCCUUGCUCAUGUCAUUGCUCAGCAUGCUGGAUACAAUGUGGUUGAAAUGAAUGCCAGGUGAGGAAAUAUUCAUACUGCAAAAUUAAUGCAGCUCAUGACACAAACUAGGUGGCAAAAAAUUUGUACCCCACAGUAACUAAUAGGGUGAAACAUUUACCACGGUAGCCACAUUUUAUGGUAAAGAAAUUCCUAUGUUGUUAUGGUAAAACCUGAUUUUGGCCAAGCCCCUGUCAGUGUGGUUUCUUUGCCUUCUUUAGACUAAACUGCCUUAAUACCCCUCUCUUUACAGAAGUACAACCAAUAUGCUGCUGUAAAAAAAGAAUAGUGGCUCAUAAUGCCAGCUUUUGAAUGUUUUUACAGUUGUAAAUUGAUCAUGAAAACCAAAUUUUGGUGUUUCUUCUCCCAACAAGCAUUUCAGUGCAGUUUCUUUUGAAACUAAGCUGCUAUAAAUUCAUUAUAGCUUUCAUAUUUCAGUACCCUCCCCCCACCUAUCUGGUAUCUGAUGGAUAGACAGAUUUACAUCGACUGCCAAUUUACUGGCAGCCAUUACCUUUCCAUACCAUUGUGUUUUGUACAAUGUACAUUCAUGCACUCUUUGUCAUUUAGAGCCCAGGGGCCUGUUUCUCAAGAGUUCUGUUAACUUUUCGGGCCCGGGAAGCUGCUCUGUUUGCCUUGUUUACGGUAAAGAUCAAAGUUUCAAUAAUAAUAUUUUGAAAAGAAUGCAAUGAAACUAUCAGUUAAUGAAGCAAAACUGACGGUUUAUGUGCUAGGAACUUUGCUAGUAUUCAACAAGUUUUGAUUUUAGAACUAACCUUCAGGCCCAAAAAGUUUCCGGGCCUUUUGAGAUGUCAACUGGGGCCCAGACUAGACAGCCAUGCAUUUUCACGCAAACUUCUUGAAAUAGACCCCUUAUAAACAGAUUUGGAGGCCCACUAAGUCUGUUGAACUGCACUCUAAGUAACAGUUUGUUUAAUUAACUGGCCUUUAAUUUUUUGAUAGUGAUGAUCGCUCACAGGAGGUGUUCAGAAACACAAUUGAAGCCUCAACACAGAUGAGAUCAGUGCUGGGACAUAAUGAGAAGCCAAACUGUUUGGUUAUUGAUGAAAUUGAUGGAGCACCUGCAGUAAGUGAUGAGUUAUUUCCAGCUACAUGUAAAAAGUAAUAAGUUACAUGUAUCGGUAUAGUAAAUAGAACCUUGAAAAAUUGUCUUAUAUUAAAUAUUUUGCACUUAAUUUUGUACAUAGACUUCAUGCAGAAUUAUAUUUUUGAAAUGUUUCUAUUUUUGUCUAAGCCACAAAUAUAUUAGAGAAGAGAUGUUAUGACAUCACAAAAACUAAAUUUGUGAAAUUAUGGAAUAGCUUAGUGUAUCCAGAACGAACAUGAUGAAAAUUUCUCACUUGCCAAAAAUAAAUCUGUUAGUGCAAAUAUUGGCUGGGAGACAUAAGCAUUGUUGCACUCAGAUGACUCCAGAUAAAUCCCUCUAGCAUAGGCCUGGAUUGAUCCAAGGCUGUUUUAGAAGGAUUUGUAUGACGUCAUCAGAGCAUAAAGGUGCUUGUAUUUCCCCACCAAUUUGCACUAACAAGCUGAUUUUUGGCAAGGGAGCAUUUUUCAUCUUGUUCUUUCUGAAUAUGCCAUCCAAUCCCAUAAUUUCACAAUAAAUUUCAAUGGUGUGAUAAUUGAUAUAAUUGACACCUUUUUUUCCUUCUGUCUUCAACAGCCUGCCAUAAAUGUCCUGUUGUCAGUUAUCAAGCAAAAGGAUUCAGGUAUUGCAUGCAAGAGUUAAAAAAAGUUUUAGUUUAGACGGAAGUGAGAAGAUAGAAGUAAAUUGUGAUCACAUUUUUCAAGUUGUGAAAGGGUAAUCUUUAAAAGUUUGGUAAGUCAAUUGACAAGUUGCCAUUUACUUGUGAUGAAAGUACAUUGCUAGAUCAACUUAACUAAAGGCUUUCAAUACAAAAUAAACCAUGUCUUAUUUCCAAAAAAAAUAGUCCUUCAUGUUCUGUCAGCCUCUACUAGGCUUCCUUUAUAGUUCAUUCACUUGAACAUAAGUGGAAUAUUUUGUACGUUUCUCAAUGAAGUGAAGAAGGUUUUAUAAAAAGGUAAACCUAGAAUCGUAGACAAAAGUCCUUGGGACAGUGUUGCAUUUUUCAUGAUUUUCUGUAUUUUCCGGGUUCCCUCAUAAAACAGUGCAAACUUUUCUAAAGUUUCUUGCAGUUGUCACUCCAUCCACCCUAUACAAUGUUGAAACUCACAAACAAAUUUGGAAACACGUGUCCAGUGCCGUUUAUGGGAUGAGGGGAGAGGUUAGGCAUUUGUGAAUUGGAAAAGGCCCCAGAAAUGCAAAAGUGUACCAGGUCUUUUGUCCAUGAUUGUAGGUUUAAUGUCCCGAAAAUUGAUAUUAUACUUACAGAUGUUAUAGUGAUGUGAUUGUUUCUUAUCUUAGAUGCUGCUCCUGCAAAGAAAUCAAGAAAGAAGAAGAAAGCAGGCCCACUCUCCCGACCAAUUAUUUGCAUCUGCAAUGAUCAGUGAGUUCAAGAAUUAUUGGGACAUGACUCUAUGGACAAGAUUACUUCUGAUAGAUCAGUUAGAUCCAUAUUCAACAUUAAUGAUGUAACUUGAAUGUGUUUAAGGUGGCCCAAACCUAUUUAUAUGCAUAAUGGUUACGUUUUUGAAUUGAGUUUAACUCUUUCAGCAGGAAAGAUUUAAUUGAGUGCUAUGAUUUUUGGCAUCCUGAACAAAGAAUGGUCAAACUAUAAGAAAAUAUUGUUUAGUUUUUUGUAGGUGUAAAAACGCUUGAGAUAUCAAAUGUGUUAGUGUAAAAUGUGCACAGAUUCAAAAAGCCUUGCUUAUUUAUUUAUUUAAAAUCGAAUUAUUGGGAGGUUUAAGAGAGGGGAAAAUUACAGUUUGACUAGCGAAGGAAAGUAAAGUUUGGUUCACAUUAUCAGGAAUUAAGAAAAAAAGUGACAUUUUGAGAAAUCAGGAUUGUACUGUAUACUAUCCAACACGAUCAAAUUCUACAGUCUUUUUUCUAAUCAUUAGACAUUGCCGGUGUGGCUUGCCCAAAAUGACUAGCACUGCCUCCUUUACUCUUUGCAUGCGCUUAUUUAGUAAUAAUUACUUAACAAUUAUUCCUUGAGCCUGAAUGGGCUCUGAGUCAAUAGCCCAUGAGGGCGAGAGGAAUCAUUGUUUUAGUAAAAUCCAACUAUUUGGUCAAAAAUGUCAAGAAAAAACAACUUUAGCUAGCAAAACACGAUUCAGUCACCACUGUUUUGAAGCCAGCACUGUUCGCUAAUAGUAGGCUAUAACAUAUAACCUAGUAAUAGUUCAACCAAUCAGAAUGCAGCAUUGAUAAUGACCACUAUUUGGAUUUUACUAAAAUGGUUUACCCAUGUCUAUGUCUCAGGUAUGCCCCUGCAUUACGUCAGCUACGUCAAGUUGCCUUUCUUGUAACAUUCCCACCAACUAUUCCUGCUCGCUUGGCUGCUCGCCUUUUGGAGGUAAUGUUUGUCUGCGUGUUUUCGAAAAGGGUAGGGGAAGUUUCCCUAGUGUUGUAUCCUCAUGCCUCAUUUUACAUAUCCUUCAUGUCGUGGGCCAGUUCAUAGUUCAUAAAUGGACUUAACGGUGGCUGCUGGUGUCCCCUUGUAUGCUGACAUCCGAGCUUACUGUUAACAUGUAAAAAGGACACAUGUGUUGUCCUCCGAUCUCUUCCUCGACAUUUCCUGAUAUUUUUUAUCUCUAGCUUGGAGAUGACACACACCCUCCCCUUUUUCUUCAGAUAUCAAGGCAAGAGUCAAUUAACACUGACAUGACAACUCUCACCUCUUUAUGCAUGAAGACUGAUAACGAUAUCAGAUCGUGUCUGAAUACUCUGCAGGUAUGGACCAGGUACAAUAGCAUUUAAAAAGUGCAACUAAACGAUUCCAGGUGCAAAAAUGUUCACAUGAAAAUGUCGAAAAAUCAUUACGUGCGUGUGUGCGUAGGCUACGGACGCGAUUUUCCGAGCUCCUGAAUUUUGACUUUUUUCAUGAUAGAAGACAAGGUAAAAAGUUAGACCUUUUAUUUUCUUUUUCUCUUUAGUCUUGAUGGUGUUUUCUUAUAUUUUUGUAUAUGUGAGUACUACCCGCCUAGACUAGCUGUUGAUAAUUGCGGCUAGUGUUUGUUUGCUUUUUUUUAAAUUUUUUUUUAAUAAAGUUUGUUAAAAAUGCAAUUUAUCAGAAGAUAUGAUAUUUUCAAGGGCCGCCUGUUACUUGGACAAGAUCCUAGCGACAAGUUUUUACUAAACAAACCUGGCCAUGAAGUCUAUUUCUGUGUUCAUGUAUCUAAUAUUUUCCCUUGACUUUAAAAUAAAGAAUAAGCAGACUGUCAAACAGUUUUUUAAGGCGAGAGGAAAGGUCUACAAAAUAUGAUGAUGAGACCCAUCAUGAUAGUAGAGACCUUUAGAUACGAGGACGACUACGAGUACAAGAUUUGACUUUAAGUUUUUUCGCGUAUUCUCAAAAAUAGACUCCCCGGAAAGCUUCAUUUUAUCAUAUUUCACCAGAAAAGUUAGCGCUGCUACCUUUAGUGAAUGAGGAAUACACCCUCUCCAGAUCGUAAAAUGAUAAAAAUUCUGACACUAAGACAUUCUCGCUAAAGGGUCGUAGUAGAAUGACGACGGCUACCACGUUUUCCCGCCAAAAUUACGCUUGCUCACGCGCAAGCACUACUUACUACUGAGAAAAUCUCGUACUCGAAGUCGUUCUCGUUUUGGAAUCUAAAGCUCUCUAGUGUGUCUCCUGAUCCGACAAAUGUUACCCCAUUUUCCUGUGCAACCUCUGAAUGGCAGGUGAAAAGAGUGAUAGCAUCCCCAAAGUAGCGCGCUGGUCAAAUAAUUUGAACAUUUAGUUUUUGAACUUUUCUCAAGUGUACGAACUCUCACAAACUUUUUUAUCUCAUCCCUGCAGUUUAUCAAUAAGCGACAUGGGCGUGUGUGGUUAGAACAUGUCCAGUCAAUGGAGAUUGGUCAAAAGGACUCCCAUCGCAGCUUAUUCUCUAUUUGGCAAGAGAUAUUUCAGCUCCCAAAACCAAAACGCAUUCGGUUUGCAGCCAUCGCAAACAAUGAAAACCAAAAUCGUUUCGCCAACAACAGGGGAUUGUUAUCAACCUUUAAUGAAAAUACUAGCAGUGGUACCGAGCACAGAGCUAUGUCAGCCAUGUCUAAUCGUUUUCAUACAGUACUGCAUUCUGCCUCGUCAAGUGGGCAAUAUGAGAAAGUAGCACAAGGUACAGUGAUGGCUGAGUUACAUCGCCAUAGGCAAAGUUUGCAUCAUAUAAUAUUAUUUUAAAUUUGUGAACGUAGUGGUAAAAAGUACAUCACCUCAUUACUCCCUCAUUCUUGCUUCCCUGCAGACUUACACGUCCCAUGACCAUUUUUCUCAUACCAUUGAAUUGUUUCCCAAUACAAUUUUUGAUUCUCCUGUUCCAGACCAAAACCCUGUGAUUUUUAAACCUCAUCCCAGUUUAAACUGCUAGAGAACCAAACCAUUCACUGUGGCACGUACUUAUUAACCACACCCUUACCCCUUGGGUUUUAGCUAUAGUUGAACUGGAAAUUAUUUUGAAAUUCUUCAUCCAUAGCAAAUGAAACUUCUAACACUCGCCAUUAGAAAUAUGAUAAAGUAUGCUCUAUAUAUUUGUGCAGAGGUUAACACCGAAUAAUUCCCUCUUUUCCAGAUCCAUCUUGGUAGGUAAUGCCCUCAGCUCCAGUAGAAAAUAAACCCUCCCUUAAGGCUGGUUUUCACUAGCGACGAAGUCGGAGUCGGAGUCGUAAGAGGGCUUAUGACCUAGUGAAAAUCAAAAAUCAGAGUAGUAAGCGGAGUCAUAAGCGCGACGGAAUCGGAGUCAGAAGAAUCAGAACGUUUCCGUUUCUUCCGACUCCGCUUACGACUCCGUCGUUUACGUUCCGCUUAUGAUCUAGUGAAAACCAGAUUGUCGGAGUCGGAAGCAGAAGUGGAAGGAUAAACCAAUCACAAUGCUCCUUCCCACGCUUUGUGAUUGGUUUAGUUCUUCCGUUCGUGCUUCCGACUCCGACAAUCAGGUUUUCGUUAGAUCAUAGGCGGAACGUAAGCGACGGAGUCGUAAGCGGAAUCGGAACGCUGUUUUCACUAGAUAAAAAGCUCUACGACUCCGACUCCGACUCCGUCGCUAGUGAAAAACAGCCUUUAAGAGUCGCCAUUAUUUUCUUGUUCUUCUGUCUGUUUAGAAAAAGCUUCCUCUGACUUGGUAAAUUUGCUGAUUUAAUUGUUGCUUUUGUGUGUGUACAGGUUUAUUUGAAAACUAUCUGCAAGUUAAGUUCAAAGAUCCAAGCUUUGACGUGGUAGGUAUAGUGAUAUUUGAAACGUUUCGAAAUAGAUUUCAGAGUUAGUCUCUUGUAUAUUAAUUUUGUCUCUAAAAUAGAACUUUUCUUAAAUGACCUGUUUUCAAACCUGUGAAAAAAUGAGUGGAUGAACCCUAGCAUGGUAUAGGCUCUUUCGUUUUGCUGUCAGCUGAAGAGUAGUAUUAAAACACAAAGAGGAUAGUAGAGUGAGGCUGUAGCCUGUCCCGAGAGGCCUAUCAGACACAUCACCGUUAUUUAAGUAGGCUCAUGCAGUCUGGUAUAAUGUCCAUUGUGUUUACUCUUUCAUUGGGUCUAAGGUUUUGUCGAAUAUUAUUGUGCAUCAUCAUCAUCAUCAUCAUCAUCAUCGUCGUCGUCGUCGUCGUCAUCGUCGUCAUCAUCAUCACCCUUCCGAUCCUCCUUAUACCACUAUCCAUCACACCAGCUAAGAAAUGCCUCUGUCAAAAGUCACGAAAUAUAACCGCUCCCCUGCCUCUAUGUUAUCACCUUUCCUAUUUACUUUUAGCCUCCUUGACAGACUUCCUUUUUGCUGGUCACGUAAUCCUUGGAGACAAUUGCGUGACUCGAGCCAAAAGGACAUUUGCGUAGGAGGCUCAAUCUGUACACAAAAGUAGGGUGUCCCAACAACUGACCCGUCUACAGGCAGCCCUACCUUAAUAGCGCUUAACCCAACUUACAUGGAUGUGUUUUUUUUUAUUAUGAAAGUUUGUAUGGGAAUGCAAAAGAUUUCCUUGAAAAGUUUUGGACUAAGUUCUUAGCGCUGGAAUGCAAUAAUGCUAGAUGAUGAACAAAACAACGUGACUUUGUUCCAUUAAAAAACACUGUAGUGCCGAAACCUUUGCAAUUCAAACUUGCUUUGUUGUCAAAAAAUGUCCCCGUAUGUUCCUAUAAAAAGGGGACUUUGUAUUCUCUUGAACCUAGAUUAGCUUGCCUUACCGCUGUCCUUAGAAAACGCAAUAUAAAUUAGAGAAGUAACCUGCGAGUGAGCUCUCCAUUUAGGGGAUGUCGCAAAGUCGCGCGCGGAAGGCACGCGUAAGAAGACACAAAAGCGAGGGACCCCUCGCGGCUUCGCCGCUCGCUCGCCCCUAAAAAAGGAGAACUUGCUGGAGGCCAUUAGAAACGUAGUCAAGGAAUAAUUACUGAAUUACCCAUUUGUUGUCUGUUUAAGGUUGUUUCUGGAACUGAAUGGCUAGCAUUUUCAGACUUCAUUGAACAAGCCAUCAUGCAGCGACAGAGCUACAUUCUCAUGGGUUACAGUCCAUUCCUCUCAGUAGCAUUCCACAUGUUUUAUGCGACACAGUCUUACUCAAAGCUGAGUUACCCUAGCAGUCAGUAUGAGGUAGGCGACUGACAAGACAACACAAGCCAUACGCAACUGAAUGCACUGGGGCUAUGUCGCGACAUUUCCUCUAUUUCCUGUCUUAUUAAAGAGAUAAUUUUUCUUUUCGCGUCAAUUGAAUUUCAGAAAUAUUAAAACAAGAAAUAAUGGUCCAGUUUUGUUAUGCAUGAUUAUAUUUAGGCACUGAAACUAUUUUCUGUCGUCUGUUGCAACGGGUGGCAAAGAUGGUCAUGGAUUGAAACUUGACAAAGUUGGGCCAACGUUUUCAACGUUUUCAACGCCUGCAAAAAUCAAUCACCAAAAAAAAAAUUAUUAUGGUUAGUGCUCCCUGAUGAAAUUUUUUUGAUAUCUUCUCGAUAACUCUACAGGAGCAUUUUGUGUAUGGGUAAACUAAACACACUACGUAAUGACUUCAGCACAGAAUUGACGUCAACCCUUCAACUCUCAGAAGUGAUCGGCAUCUAACUUCUCCUUAUAAUAUCAAUUCAUUGUCCAGCAGAAAGGUGAUGAGAAUAGGGAAAUGUAAUAGCCAGAGGAUGCACUUUUGAUACAAACCCAAAUUCUCUGAACUAAUGCACAAUGAAAUGUAUAGCAGCCGGAAAGGAGAAUUACUAAUCAGAUCUUGGGAGUAAAAAGGGUCAAACAGCAAAAUCCUCGUCACAUAACCCCUUUAACUGAUAUAUAAUGGUAAUUGAACUGAGUGGAGUGCAAUUUGUUCUGAAAUCAUACACGUGAUUUCAAAAUCCGCGCGAGUUCGAUUUGAAAUCACAAGUAUGAUUUCAGACCAAAAUUGCACGACACGAAGUUCAAUUACCACCUUAUUACAUCCAUUUUGAAAUCGCAGAAUUUAGUCAUUACUAAUAUUUUAUUGAUCGAGUAGCCGGUUUGUUAAAAAGCCGAAACAAAAAGGCUUUUACAUCUCAUUUUGUAUUCGAAACAGAAACGUUGCGAUAUAGAACAAAAAUGGUGCGAUUUAAAACAGAAAUGAUGCGAUUUAGAACAUGAAUGACGCGAUUUGGAACAGAUGCGAUUUAGAGAAAAAAAUGGUGCGAUUUAGGAAUAAAUCACACUGCUGAGAGCCAGUCAGAUUGCGCGGAUAGCCAGUGAUCUCAAAGUGGAUGUAAUAAAGCGUGAAAUUUCGCACGAGCAACUUAGUUAAUAUAAGUCUACCAGUGAGCCUUCAAGGUGUUACUGAGGCGAAAAUAAUGAAACGCUUUGUAAGAGAAAAUCCAAGGCUAGCUAACUAGAUGAGACAAAGGGCGCUUUCCAUUCAACCAAAACGUCCGGUUUGAAUUUUCGCCAACUUCCGGUAGCGAAUGGAGGAGCAUUUUCCAAAAUUUCCAAAAACAGGUAACGUCGCAAAGUAUACCCAAAUUUUCGAAAGUUUUCGCGGAAGUUUUGUUUCCAUUCAACUUUGCUCGCGGAAAGCUAGAAUUUUCGGUUGAAUUGUUCUGAUUUCGGAAAUUCAACUAUUUCCGGAAUUUCUGGAAACUUUUUCGGGAAAAUUCUGUACCAUUUGCCGCCGUUUCCAAAUUUUCGAAAGUUUUGGUUGAUGCAAAGCGCCAAAGUCAUGCCCUAAAAAAGGAACACCAGGGUUUCUUACCAUUUACAAAAACCACCUGGCCGGAAGUCUUGUUGUUUAGACUUAAGUCUUGCGCACGCCGUUGUCGAAGUAGUAUGACGACAGCUAUCACGUUUUCCUGCGAAAAUGACGCUGGUUCACACACGCGCACUAGCUUGCACUACUUAGUACUGAGAAAAUCUCGUACUCGUGGUCGUCGUCGUCUUAGAAUCUAAAGGUCUCUUUUGUGAAAUCGAAGGAGACAAAGCGUGAAUUGACUUUUCUGUUUUGAUGUUGUUUGUAGAGCCAUCUUAAAGAAACAAAGAUAAAGAACCUCGUCAACGCUAUCAAGAAUGAGUCAUCUCCACAUAUCCGGCAAAAUAUCAAUUUACGCACUGCCUGUCUGGAGCUGCUUCCCUCCAUUCUAGAGGUCAUUACACCAACACUGAGACCGGUAAGCUUGAUUGUUGAAGCUCUUCUAUGACCGAACCAAGGGAACAGGGCAGAACAACAGUAGUUAAUAACUCGGUUUCCGGUUUCGAUCAAAUCUCUUUUAUAGUGACCACGCUUCAUUCGCUCGUUUGUGGCCUCGGCCUCGGCCGAAGAUGUGUCGGCCUACUAGCGACAGGGACACCGACGCCGAAGCUUCCCCGCCGCACGCGAGAAAAAGACCUGUGGUACCCAUGGUUGCAGCACUUUCAGAUAAUACAUUUUUAAACUUUACUUUUCGGCCCUAAGAACGAUUAGUACUUGACAAAGCUACAGUAUAAUGGACGUUUUACAUGUGGUAGUACACCAUUAGUGAGAGGUGUGGUGGCUGAGAGGUUGACACCUGGAAGUUCAGAUCGUGUUUUGGUGUAUUUAUAGUGACGAUUCUUUGUGGUAUAUUUUGGUUUCGGAAUUUCACGUGGAUCGUUAAUCGUUCUAUAGUUUAUAUGAAAGAAUUACUUGUUACAUGACUGGUUCCACAAGUGGGCAAGAUGAAGCAAAUUCUGCGAUGUCAUUAGCUACCCGAGCAGAUUAAUUAGCCUACCUUUCCCGCUCGGGACUUCUCGCCUUGGUCCCACAAGAAACCCGUUAUCUUGGCCUUAAGCUCGGUCAAUAACUCAUAUUUAAAAUCCAAGGACUCCCAUAAUGGCCUAUACGGUGACGCUCUACUCGAAAGGGGUACCAGGCAUAUAAAAGGGUAGGGAAUUGAAGUAUAUUUAACUAAUAAAAGGGUAGGAAAAUCUAUCAUUAAAGUAUAUAAAACUGCCUCCGAAGUCGAAGUCUCAUUACUCUGUUCACAGUCCCCUAUUUUUCCGUAAGAUCGUCGGGAUCGAGCGCAUCCAAGUUGGCUUCCCAUAAUGGAAAGGAAAAAUAGGGGACAUGUGAACAGUCUAAAGUCUCAUUGCUAUUUCAUUUUAAUUUCCUAAACGAAAAUGGCAAGCAAUUUAUUCUUAUUUUAAUAAGAAUAAAUUUCUUGCCAUUUUCGUUUAACACACCUACUUAGAAGUAGGUGUGUUAAAGGGGUAACUUUUUUCAAUAGAAGCAAUACGAAAGGGGUACCUUUUCUUUCUGAAAAGGUAUAUACUGUUUAAACCGCUCCCUCCCCCCUUUCAAAUAAGCCCCCUCCUUCUAAUAAGCCCCCCCGCCUUUUCAUGGGACUGUAAAGGAAAUGAAAGAUACGAACAAGGUAACUAAAAUUAAAUAAUAUUCUUGUCAGGUCAAUACUCAGCUAUUUUCAGCACGGGAGAAACAGCAAUUAGUGGAGCUUAUUGACACAAUGAUUGGCUAUAACCUAACUUAUCACCAGGAGAGAAACUUUGAAGGGCAAUACACUUAUGUCCUGGAUCCGUAAGUACUAGUGUUUCACGUAAUAUAUAAAAAACGAGACUCACUGUUUGUCCGAUGCCUGAAUGGAAGUCCUGAAAAUCCAUUUCUUCCUUGAAUCCCUUUAAUGGCCAUCCUUUUGAUUGUUUUUAUUUGCUCACCGCGCUGUUCACCGCAGUCAAUCCAGAGAAAUUUGCAAAAGCAAUGCUUGUUCUGAAAAGCUGAAGUUGCAACUCUUACUGUUGGAAGUUUAAGAUGUCACCAAUGCCGCUGUUAAUUUACUAGUCUUAAUUGUUAAUUGUUAAUUUACUUUGAAGGUUUACUUAACGUUCUAACUGUUUGACAACUGGUGUUGUUGUAAGCGCUAUUUGGCAGCUUCUAAUCGGGCGCGACCGAUUUUCAAAGAAAUGAAGCUAAAUAUUUAAAGAAAAGAUUUAAAAAGACUUGAUAGCUUAAGUACGUUAACUGAUUAUUUUACACAUCAUUGUCGAUGUUUUCACUUACUGUUAAAUAAGCACCCAAAAAUUUUAAAAAAGACGCGUGUAAAGCCCCGUGCAAACGGACGCAACAUUGUUGGAUGUUACAUGUUGCGUCCGUUUGCACACCCUGUUGCAUAUUGUUGGAUGUUGUUGCGUGUUGUUGCGCAAACUUUGAAACUGGUCAAACGUUUCAGCCAACAACUCCCAACAUUUCUUUUGUUCCGUGAUCGCCGAAGCGUAACGCAACAAUGUUGGAUCCGUUUGCACAGCUCUUCCAACAUUGUUGGGGCGACGCACGCUCAUUACGGAUAGUUUACAAAGACUUAUGGGUUGUAUCCUUACCACGAUGCAGUACAGGUCCCAACAUUGUUGGGAGUUGUUGCAACCGUUUGAAGACCACUGCCAACACGGACGCAGCAGCUCCCAACAUUGUUGGCGCAACAAUGUUGGGAGUUGUUGCGUCCGUUUGCACGCAGCCUAAUAAACGUUUGACUGCUUUGAACAUACUCUGUGACGGGUCCGGCCUGUAGGACACCUUACAACACUUGCGUGACAAGAAUUUCGUGUGCGCAAGAGCCAUGGCUCUUGGUGUGCGUUAAGAUUUUCACAUACACCAUAAUCCUGACAUUUUGUUGUUAUUGUUUUUCUCUUCCUUGGUAUAGAAAUAUUGAAGAAGCUGUAAAAUUCACAGGUCUGCCUCAGCACAGACAGUUACCUUAUGCCACUAAACAGCUGAUAGCCAGAGAGGUAAAAGUACUACCAAUGCUAACACAUUUACGCUUAAAAAUUAUCCUUGAGAUACACUAAUUCAUGCCUUAUACAGUCCUCUGGAGUUACCGGAAGAAAUGAAACCGGAAAUAUAAACAAUUAACCUUGAGGAGGGUUUUAAGUCCAUCCGAGUCCACUAGAAACUCAUCGAGUCCACUGGAGUUGAGAAAGUCUAGUCCUGAGAAACCUGAAGUCUAAACAUGUUAACGUCGGGGAGGCUAGAAUAAUCAUACACUGGUGGAGUCCAUCGGAGUCCACAGGAGACGAAUCAAGUCCACUCGAGUUACUGGAAGUCUAGAGGCGAAUUCCGGAAUUUUUUUGGAGACGCGCGGGCGUCUGUACACAGGCAAAGGAACAAGACCCCUGCGAAACAAGCACGCUACAUGUGAAUAUGCUUUGUUCUUCAAGCAAUGAAACGGAGCAAAAGCGCUGCGACCUUGUUGGAAUUUCAGGAAUUUUUAAACUUAACUACUUUUAGAAGGGUAUCAAGCCCCAAGACUAAUCAUAGACAAUUUUCUAUAUAUAAAUACAUAAUAAAGAGAAAAGGUUUUGAGGAUUGAUAAAAUGAUUUUCGAAGGGGAGGUGCUUUGAUCUUUAAUCAAAUUGUCUCUACUAAUUCUUCAAGGAAAUGUAUGGAGAUCAGUCUGGAGAGUUUGUAUGUGGAUAUUGGGGCUGAAAGGGUAAACUGUUAACUGUGCCCAAAUGAGUUAGGAUUUGUUGUCCAGAAAUAUCGACGUUAUGGCACUGUUUAGUCAUUUUCUAUCUUAAUUCAAGGCCUCAUGUCCAUGUAGAGGUAUUAAAAACGUGGCUCUUUGUGUUGUAGAUUGAGUUGGAAAAGAUGAGAAGAACGGAAAGGUCUCUGACAGCUCAUCAAAAUACGAGGUGAGAUUUAAGAUCCAGUACUUGCACAACCUUUGUUUGGUAAUUUACUAGUAACGCCCCGUUUAUGCGAAGAAAAGUUCUCCCAGAAAGGAGGGUCAUCCGCCUACUCGAGCAGCCCUGAGGCGAACCAACUUUUCGUACAUUUCUUUGCAAAACGUGGCGAACCGUUUAAAUGAGAAACAAAAAGUUAGCUCGGCUAGACAGGUUACCCGCCUAGCCGGGCCAACUUUUCUCCUUAAAACCACUUUGGCUUGCCCAGCCGGGUCAACUUGGUCAGGGCGCGACAAUCAGAACAUGAAUUAGCGCUGUUGGCUUGAGCAGAGGGGUCAACUUUUUUCUCAUGUAAACGCUCGCCAAAGUUAACUCUGGUGGGAGAGUUAUUUUCUUUCCCGGGAAAACUUUCUUCCAUUUAAACGGGGUAUGAGACGCUGCACAAGAUACCUUUUACGCUAUAUUUUUUCUUUCUUUUUUUUUUACAAAACUAAUAAAAGCCUUGAGAACGUUUUACUUUUUAUUUUCACAGUUACCCGGUUGUUUCUCCCAGUGGAUCUAAGAAAGCAGACGAGUCCAAACCAAAGAAGCCUCUUGUUGUUUUGUCUUUGGACACCAGUAAAGUAAAACCACGAGAGGCAAAGGUAUUGAACGCGUUAAGUAAGGUUCUGGAAGACCUGUUGCCAUUUUGAAUAAUGCUUGAUGGUUUGGUUAGUAUAGACCUUUAGAUUCUAAGACUAAGGUUACUAAAUAGUGCGCGAGCGUGAACCAGCGUCGUUUUGGCGGGAAAACGUGAUAGCCGUCGUCAUUCUAUUGCUAGUUUUAGCGAGAAUGUCGUAGUGACGAAAAAAAGUUAUAAAAUGUUAGAAGUUUUAUCGUUUUGCGAUCGGGAGAGGUCUUGACCUCCUUCAAUAAAAAGAACCGAGGUAACUUUUCAGGUAAAAAAAAAAAACGAGUGAAAUAAAGCUUUCCAGAGUGUCUACUUUUUGAGUGUAAGCUAAAAAAAAAAGUUCAUUUAAGUCAAACCUCGUCGUCGUCCUCGAAUCUAAAUCUAAAUGAAUAACUACCUUAUUUACAAAAUGACUGACUGGUGAUUGAUUGAUUAAUUGAUUGAUUAAUUGAUUGUUUGAUUGAUUGAUUGAUUGAUUGAUUGAUUGAUUGAUUGAUUGAUUGAUUGAUUGAUUGAUUGAUUGAUUGAAGAGAGCAUUGUCUUUGAAGCUAAAGAGACCGAUACAUGUGAAUUCGCGUAGGAGAAAGAACUUUCAGAUUUUUAAGGGGAAGUACCGUAAAUCCUCUAUUGAGUUCCCCCGGGGCUUAUUUAUUUCAAACACAUUGGGGAGGUGGGUGCUUAAUAGAGCUGGGGGCUUAUUAAAUUUAGCAAACACGAUGGUAUCAUUUCUUCACAAAGGACUAGAAUACAAAGUGGAAAACCUUGGUAACGAGAAGUUGGAGGUCAUGCAGACGAGAAGCAAAAACAAAUCCGAACUUCCAGUUGGUUAAUGAACUAUUCUGGAUCAGUCCACACGAAGUUUUACAGUCGUGAUUGAUUAAUACAGUCUAUCAUUUAUAUGUGAAGAAUAAUAAUGGGGAGGAAACGGGACUUAAAAGAAAGAGGGGGCUUAUUAACUUUCUUCCCCCUGAAAAAUGGGACUUAUUUGAGGGGGGGCUUAAUGGAGGAUUUACGGUUCUUGUAAAUGCAUCCUAAAUAUUUUAAGUUUUAGCUAUCAACAUAGUGUCUCAUUAUAGCACUUUCAGUGCUAAAACAAACUGAUUUUUUGGUGUGAAAAUCUUCUUUUUGUAGCCUGCUUUGGACUUCUUUGGACGCCCUGUAAAAGUAAAACCGCAGCCUAAAGGUAAUCAUUGAAAAAAACUUGCUUUUGAGCGUUUACUGACUGACUACUCGUAAUGUCCGAGAAUGGAAGGCUGAAUGUUCCGUAUGAAUAGAAGUAUUUUUGUGACUAUUAGUCUAUUUUAAUAUUAAAAAUAUGAUAAACGAAUGAGACGCAAAGCUUAACGCAUCGCGGAAAUACAUUGUUUAUCGACGAUCAAUCCUCCGCGAAGAAUCCUAAAAUCGUUUUUUUCAUUUUAAGGUUCUCCGUGGUGGAGCAAUGCAUGAGUAAAAGUGUUUUCAGAAGGCAGUGCAAGUGCACAGUCACCCCAGGCAAAACCCAGGCUAAUCAUUGAUCAUUUUAGGGGUUUUACCCUUGUGAUGCAAUAUGCGAGCUUAAAUGUUUUUCUUUUUUGAUCUUGAACACAGCUCAAGUGCACAGCACCCCAGGGAAAACCCAGUUUAGUCAUUUUUUAUGGGUUCUUCUUCUUGGUGAAGCAAUAUCCGAGUAAAUAUACUUUUUCCUUUCAAACCAAAGGGAAGUGCGAGAGGACAGUCACCUCAGGCAAAACCCAGUCCAUUGGCUUUUCAUUUUCAAGGGUUCACUUUUUCAUUUCAGAGGCACAACCUCGUCCCCAGGGCGCUUUUCCCUGGCUUUGGAGGUGGGGCCUGGAAAAAUCGCCCUGGGGACGAGGUUGCUUAGGGCAGUGCAAGCGCACAGUCACCCCAGGCAAAAUCUAGUCUAAUCAUUGCUCAUUUUUAAGCUUCUUCUCCAUGGAGAAGCCAUAUCCGAGUUCUAAACAUGCUUUGCUUUUCGUUUCAGAGGGCAGUGCAAGCGUACAGUCACCCCAGGCAAAACCCAGUUUAAUCUGGUUUCGCUUCAAUGAAGGCUACAGUAACGCAGUACGAAAGAGUGUGAAAGUACAAGAGCUACUAUGACGAGGGACACACAGGAGAUCCUUUCGACUCUUAAUCCUUGAAUUGUUUUUUCUGUAUGUGGAUGUGUGUGCCUACGCUAUGUACACGCUACAUUCUGAAGCGUGCCUCUGCUUGAAUCAAAGAGGUCACCUGGCCAAAAGGGUUAAGUCUGACAUGGAAAAUAUGUUGGGAAGUUGUGAAGAUAUCCUACCCAAGAACUGUCAUGUUUUUCUUACCUAUAUAAACCUUUGGCAAUUUUUUUUUUACCCCGAAAACAACUCUCUGAUGUAUUCCAUACUGGGUUGGUCAUUACAAAGGUGUAGUUAUCAAAGAUUUUGUCUACGAAAUGUUAAUAAUUCAACUCGGAUGGAUAAUGAAAUACGCAGCUGACAUUUCAAUGUUUAGAAUUGAAUGCGAAUCUGAAUUACGCUUUGGUAAGACGAUAAUUAAAAUGGUGCUCCAUGUCGGUUGAAUGGUUGUUUAUUGGUGCAGUUUCUUGGCGGACGAAGUUAGUAACAUCAGUGCGAUUGCCCCACGCUCAAAACUAUCAAAGCAUGCACUUAUUUGUAUAAUUAUUCGUUUUAGCAAUGGCUGAUCAAUGUAUAUGUUGC